AUAACUUUUGUUUUGGUUGCUGACAGCAGUUUUGCUUAUACACCGUUGUUGUUUAUCAAAUAGUUCAGUCAUUAUGGUAUCCACUCUGGCUCCUGUCACAGGAGAAGGCAGGCCAGCAUUUUCUAUCUGCCAGAUACUUGGUUUGGAACCGGAAAGACCUGGAAACUGCUUAAAACUCCACAGACCCUGGACAGGUGAGGAGCAAAAGUUUGGAUCAAAGGAGAACAGAGAAAACACUCUCUAUUCUAAACAACAACACCAUCAUCAACAACAGCAGUUGCAUUAUCCUCAGCAGCUCGCCUCUUCCAGGCCCACAUCAAACUGGUAUAUCGGACGCAGACGACGCACUGCCUUCACCAACAGCCAGGUGAAUGCACUGGAGACAGUGUUUCAAGUGAACUGUUAUCCAGGGAUCCAGCUGAGAGAGCAGCUGGCAGGAAGACUUGACCUGCAUGAGGACAGAAUACAGAUCUGGUUUCAGAACCGGCGGGCCAAACUGAGGCGUUCUCUGAGAGAAACCCGCCUACAUCUGGUUCAGGCAGCAGUGGCUGACCUAAGGGUCGGACACCAGGUCAUAGAUCAGCCAAAGGUCAAACAGGAUGAGCAAGGUGACUUUGACCUUCCAUCUCGUCUCCAGCUUGAGGUGGAGGAAGAGGAAGAGUGA